AUGAGGGUCAAGAAGCCGACUUCGAAAAGAGUCACCACUCGUAUGAGAGAGGGGAUUAAAAAGAAAGCUUCUGCCAAAAGAAGGAAAGAUCGAAAAUUAUCAAAAAAAGACGUGACAUGGAAGUCUAGACAUAGAAAAGAUCCUGGUAUACCUGCUAGUUUUCCGUAUAAAGAUCAGAUAAUAACGGAGCUAGAGGAGAGCAGGCGUGCUGAGAGAGAAAGAAAAGAGGAGUUGAAAGCCCAGAGGCGUAAAGAAAUACAGGACGCUAUAAUGAGAGGAGAAGAAGUUAAUCAAGAUGACAUGGAAGAGGAGUCUCUUGACGAUGAUGAUGAUUCUGAGGAGGGGGCAAAUGGAUUGAGUGCAUUACUAGAAUCUGCACAACAAGCGGCAAGAGAAUACAACGGAGAAGGAGAUGGCGAUAAUAACGCCGCGAUGAUGGAUUCAGAUAAUGAAGAGGAUGUAGAAUACGAAUUGAGUGAAGUUGAAGACGACGACCAGGACGAAGAAAGGGGGGUUUUAGAAAAAUCACGCAAGUCCUACGAUAAGAUAUUCAAAGCAGUUGUUGAUACAUCGGAUGUUAUUCUAUAUGUGCUUGAUGCGAGAGAUCCCGAAUCUACAAGAUCUCGAAAAGUCGAGCAAGCUGUAUUGCAGAAUCCAGGUAAAAGACUUAUAUUAAUCUUGAAUAAAGUAGAUCUUAUUCCUACGGAAGCACUAAAUCAAUGGCUCAAUUUUUUGAAGUCAUCCUUUCCAACUAUACCUAUUAAAGCUACACCAGGAGCCACAAAUGCAAACUCUUUUAAUAAGAAUUUGACAGGUAGCAUGACAGCAGAUACUUUGUUGAAAGCUUUAAAAGCUUUUGCAAGCAAAUCAAACCUUAAAAGAUCAAUCAUUGUAGGGGUGAUUGGGUAUCCCAAUGUGGGGAAAUCUUCAAUAAUUAAUGCAUUAACAAAAAGACACAAUAACCAUUCCAAAGCAUGCCCCGUCGGCAAUCAAGCCGGUGUGACGACCUCUAUGAGAGAAGUCAAGAUUGAUAAUAAGUUGAAAAUUCUUGAUUCUCCAGGUAUUGUAUUUCCUGAUGAGAUAAUGAACGCCAAAAAGCAAUCCAAACUGGAACAACUCGCCAAAUUGGCCUUGUUAUCAGCAAUCCCUCCAAAGCAAAUAACCGAUGCUACUUUUGCGGUGAAACUUCUUUUGAAGAAAUUUUCAAACAAUACAGAAAUGGCUGAAGGAUUAAAGAGUUAUUACGAGUUACCUCCUCUUCCUUCAUCAGACUUGGAUGAAUUUGCAAAACACUUUUUAAUUCAUAUUGCUAGAACCAAGGGCAGAUUGGGGAAAGGUGGUAUUCCAAACUUGGAAUCAGCAGCAAUGUCUGUGUUGAAUGAUUGGAGAGAUGGUAGGCUCAUUGGAUGGUCUUUACCUAAAGCGUCUAAGCAAGCAAGUGCCGCCGAUCUUGUUGCCAAUAUAGAUGCUCCUAAAAGCUCUCUAAGAAACGAACGAGAACCUCCAAAGAUUGAACAAACUACAAUAGUCUCUACUUGGGCAAAGGAGUUUGAUUUGGAUGGGCUUUUGGGGCAAAACUAA